AUGUUGAAAUUUUCAACGUGCGAAAAUUUCCAAUAUGAAAAAAAUUUCAAAGGUAAUUACGAGUACGGUUUGAGCGAGUCGCGAAUUCUGAGUUCAUUGUAUCCGAUACCGGGUGUGAAUGAAUGGGCACUGAGACUGGUGGCCGUGUACAAUAUCGCAAAAGGGAAAUUUGCACCGCUGAUACAAUCGAAAGUAUUUGCCGUUAGUGAACAGAUUGCUGGACAAAUCGCGUAUACACUCGUGCCGUUCACGGAUUCGUUGAUAAAUAACGAUAUGCGGUGCGUUUCUUCUUUCUUUUGA